AUGGGUCUUCCAAACUCAUUCCUCAGCACUAUAAUAACCAUCAUCUCGAUGAGUCUACUGUUUUCAGAUCUCAAUGUCGUAGAAUCUGCAACAACCGAAUACACAACCUUAAUCUACAAAGGAUGCGCGAAACAGCAAUUCUCAGAUCCAUCUGGUUUAUACUCACAAGCGCUCUCUGCUAUGUUCGGCUCAUUGGUGUCUCAAUCUACUAAAACUAGAUUCUACAAGACCACAACAGGAACAAGUCAGACCACUAUCACUGGCCUCUUUCAGUGUAGAGGAGAUUUGAGCAACCACGACUGCUACAACUGUGUCAGUCGUCUGCCUGUUCUCUCAGACAAGCUCUGUGGCAAAACCAUUGCCUCUAGGGUUCAGCUUUCCGGCUGUUAUCUUCUCUAUGAAGUCGCUGGCUUUUCUCAAAUUUCAGGGAUGGAGAUGCUUUUCAAGACAUGUGGGAAGAACAACAUCGCCGGAACAGGGUUCGAAGAGAGGAGAGACACGGCGUUUGGGGUGAUGCAAAACGGCGUCGUGUCAGGCCACGGGUUCUACGCAACUACUUACGAGUCUGUCUACGUUUUAGGACAAUGCGAAGGCGAUGUCGGAGACUCCGAUUGCAGCGGCUGCAUUAAGAACGCACUCGAGAAAGCUCAGGUCGAGUGUGGGAGCUCAAUCUCCGGUCAGAUUUACCUCCACAAGUGUUUCAUCGCGUAUAGUUAUUACCCAAAUGGUGUCCCUAGAAGAUCUUCUUCUUCGUCUUCCUCGUCAAGCUCUGGCUCUUCGAAUUCAGAUCCUUCGUCUUCCACAGGUGACAUUUUGAUUCUCUCUCUCUUGAGAUUUCGUGGGUUCAUCCGAAUCUGGGUUUACAAAUUGAGACUAUUGAAAGAUGGGGGAGGAAGAGAACAAAAGGAGUCUAAUCCCUCAAAAGAGAGGCAGGAGUUUAGAUUCCCCUAG